AUGCUAUCUUUGGAGAGCAAGAUGAGCGCAGCGAUACAUCCUCCUCCACACGCUCCCUUUCGCGAUCCCACAGCCGACCUCUUCGCACCCUCCGGAGCCGCUACAUCACUCGCCGAAUUUCCGCCGAUACUGGACUCGGCGCCAAUCCCCUUCCGUGCUCCCUUCCCCAUCUUUCAACAUCGCCAUACCUCCCCAUACCCCAUGUCGUUUUCGGCUCUCGGAGCACCCCGCGAGGCAGGACAGCCAUUACAUGCCGCUCAACCACCUCCUGCCCCACGAACAAGCCCGAGCGCGCUGCCACGCCUAGGUCAAAGCUCCUCGUACCCGGCUCAGCCAUCAACGCCGGAGGCUCGACAGUCCGUUGAGCCGGAACGGCGGAGGCAUAGACCAGAGGCCAUGGUUAAGCUGGCACCCCCAGCCGAUGAUGGGCAGGGAGUGGCGGACCAGCCGAGGGACGAACGGGGAUCUGAGACACCGCGGCGGUCACGAGUGGUCAGCAUCGACCUCAAUAGCAUGGAAACCACCCCAUCGACAACGGUCAGCCGGUCGAACUCAGAAGGACGGAGGAAGAAGCGGACCGACGCGGACCUCGCCAAGCGGAGGUCCAUGGGUCCACCCCCUCGGCCUGUUCGGGCCAAUACAUCGUACCCCGCCUCCACCCCGGCAUCGGUCCGCAUGGAACCUAGCCGGAGCCAGGAGUCCCGCACACGCGUCCGCAACGGCAUGCCUGGACGCUCCCAGACGUUCUCACCGUAUGCCGUUCCCUUCCCCACCGGCGCAGGCGCGUCACGCUCUUCGGCUGAUCUCACAACCCCUCCCCCUCGGGAGAGCUCGACAGGGUCUGGCGAAUCCGAGGCGGGCGACCUGGGAGGACCGGAAGGGCUGGAGGCAAAGGUUGUCCUUCUUGGGUCGCAAGGCGUCGGCAAGACCUCCCUCAUCCUCCGUUUCACCACUCGCACUUUCACUCCCAACGCUGCUCCCGCCACAAUCGGCUCUUCACUCCAUACCAGGAAGCUGGUACACGGCGGGAUCCGGGUGAAGUUGCAGAUCUGGGAUACGGCGGGACAGGAACGCUUCAGGUCGAUGGCGCCGAUAUACUACCGAGGGGCGCACGUCUGCGUGCUGGUGUAUGACAUCUCGGAUCGUCAGAGCUUUGAGGAUGUCCGAAGCUGGCUAGAAGAGCUGGGGAGGACGGUGCCAAAGGAGACGAUGAUUUAUGUGGUGGGCGCAAAGAUCGAUCUGGAGAGGAAACGGGCCGUAAGGACUUGGUUGCGUCCGCCAGCACCGCCAGCGGCUACCCUGCUCUCACCACCCCCGCAAAGAGGCCUUUUCCGAAGCCCUUCGGCGAGCAACAAGCUUGACGUCGCCUCAAGCAGUACGCCCGCGCGGUCGUAUUCUCACGGCGCUCUGGCCGCAUACGACGUUCCUCUUCCUCCGUCCGCCGCUCCCUCGGCGGCGCCUACACCCGCUCGGACAGCCUCCUCUGGUAUCCUGAUGGCCGCCCGGGAGCCGUCAAGAUCCGGUCCUAGGCCUACGCCGGAGAUUUCGCCGGUUCUGAAGGCCCGGCCACCACCAGCGCUUCGAAUCACCCCAUCCUCCUCAUCAAAACCCUCCCGGCGCGUUGCGUUCCCCACACUCCAAUCCCCUACCCAGAGUGUCACGGGUACGACAACCGAGCACGUCAACUCGAGCUUUACCCCAUCCUCCCCAACCCGCCACGGGACUUCUGGCGGUCGGUUCUCCAUAUCGGGCGUCCUCGGGCUAAGCCGUUCGGAGAGCAUGUCCGGCGCGGCCUUAAACCUCGCCAGACUAGUGGAAGACUAUCCAGUCGAUCCCAAUCGGGCAUCGCAAGCGAGUCGGCUCUCUCCACCUCCCACGCGAGUCCGGACGGAAAGUACGCCUCUGCUCGGCGCGCCCUCUCAAAUGUCAGGCAGGAGAAAGUCGGAAGACUGGUCCAGCCGGAGUUGGCGGAUGGGUGGCGGUCCUGGCGCUGCGGAGGCGCUUGGCGAAUUCGGCGCGUCCAUCAAGAAGAAGGAGAGCGAGGAGCUGCUGAGCAAUGCUGGUGGACUGGGGCGCAGAGGGAGUCAUGGGAGUGGGAUGAGCCUGUCUCCCGUGCUUGCUAGCGGGAGUCAAAUGGGCGAGGCGUCUUCAAGCAAAGACGGCCAGCCGAAGAUUGUACGGAGCAGGGGUGGCAGUCUGGGGCGGGAUUCUCGGCUGUACCCGAGCAGCGAAGACGAGGAUAAGGAAUGGGGAGUGGAAGUUGGCGGCGUUCGGCUGGGGGAAUGUAGUUCUCUCAGCGGUGCAGGCGUCGAAGCUCUCUUCAAAUCCAUCUCAUCCCUGCUCGUGCAAAAGAAGGACAAGAUUGAGCGGGAUCGACAAUUACGGCGGAAGAAUAGCGUCAUGCUCGUCGAUCCGGCCAAAGAUGUCCUGGCGCUCUCGGGCGGUAAAGGGCGUUUUGGGUGUUGCGCCUGA